AUGUUGAGAAAUUCGAAGAAGCGAAAGGUGAAAUUGAGAAAAUCGAAGAAGCAAAAGGUAACAGAGGAAGAAGCACCAAUCAAUAAGUUGCCAGAUGCAGUCCUCGUUAAAAUUCUCUCACUUCUGCCAACAGAAGAAGCAUUCAGAACUUGUGUUAUCUCUAAAAAGUGGCAAACUCUCCCAACUCUAAUUUAUAGCUUCAAUUUCAAUUGUUCAGAAUACCGGGAAAGAGAAGAUUUAUCCUUUAUUCAUAAUGCAUUAGAACAUUCCCGCUCUUCCACAAUCAAAAAGUUCGAACUCGACUUAACUGAAUGCAUGGACUUGUGUCAAUUAGACUACAAUUUGAAGUUUGAUUUUGAUUUCCUAGUCAAUCGUUGUUGUAGUUUUGCUGUUGAGAGAAAUGUGGAAAGUCUUGUAUUGGGUUUAUAUAGUCCUGAAGCGUGCCCAUUGCCUGAAUCUCUCUACACCUGUUCGUCAUUGAUAACUUUAGAUGUUACGCUAUGUUGUGGCUUUAUUGAUGAUGCGGUCAUUUCGUGGAACUCUCUAAAGAGCAUAACAUUGGGGUAUGUGGUGUUUACCGAUGAGGACAUGGUGAAAUUACUGUCAGGCUGUCCUUCAUUGGAAACAAUGGAAUUAUAUAGGUAUGACGGUUUCCGUCGCGUGGAAAUUAAUUCAUCAAAAUUUAAGACACUGAAGCUGAUAGAUUAUGGGAUUCCUGGAGUUAAAGAUGAAUUAGAUGGGGUUUCUGGAGUUCGAGAUGAAUUAGAAAUUAUUGCCCCGCAUCUUCAGAAUUUGGAAAUAUCAGGAGAUUUUCUUGAUGUUAAGUGUAAACUUGUUGAUGUCUCUUCUGUGGUUAAUGCUAAGAUUACUUACAACAAUAAAUGUAUCAAUCACGUCCCAAAUGUUAAUGAAGAACACAACUGCCGUGACUAUCAUCAAGUAUUAUAUUCCCUCAUCCAAGAAAAUCUUCAAAAGUUAUGUUAUGCAACUGAGCUAACAAUUGGAAAUUGGUUCACACAGGUCAUGUGCAUGAUGCAGUUCAAACGGAUACCCCUUUCAGAUUUUCACUGCAAAUAUCUAACCCUGCAGUUGCAUAUGAAAAAGUUUAAUUUGUAUGGAGUAGUUGGUUUUUUGAGAGCCUCGCCUCAGGUGGAAACACUCAGCAUAGACAUGCAAACUAUGUUGUUAGAUGAUAUUUGCAACUAUGUUGACAAUUCCCGCUGCAACUCUGAGUUACGUGAUUUGGCCAAAGGAGAUAAUAUGGAUUUGCAGAAUUGUCAACUUCAUUUAUUCCUCUGUUCCAGUUUUAUCGGCUCUGCAGCGACUUCAUUUGUUCCUCUGUUUCCAGUUUUAUCGGCUCUGCAGCGACUUCAUUUAUUCCUCUGUUCCAGUUUUAUCGGCUCUGCAGCGACUUUGAGUAUGUAUGUUUGGCUAAAGGAUAUAACUAUUGAUUUUAACAUUGAAUUUCAAGUUCUGUAUUUCCUGGCCUCUUUCUGUUUUGUUUUUGCUGUUUUUAAAGAACCUAUUUCCGGUACCCACUGA